AUGAUUCGCCUUGUGGGAGUUGUUCAAGUCCCUCUUGAUUGCCUUCAAACCUUGGAGUUGGGGCAACGCAUAUAUGACCCUGACCGCUGUGAUUAUCUAGCUUCCGUCUUCGACGGCCACUGUAUCGAUCCUGAAAGGGCAAACAACCAAAUUGAUGGUAUUAUCCUCGAACAGACCCUGCAGGAAAUACUUUUGACCUUGCGUAUUUCGGUCAAAAGACUCGAAAUCACUCUCACUCAUGGUCCAUAUCCUGAAGUCUUUGGCCACAACGUUUAUUAUCUUCAAGGUCGCCAUCGCCUCGAGGCAGCCAAAAGGUCGCGUGAUGUCUUUACAUGGGUCGUGCGAUUGCACGUCACUGACAGCUGGCAAAACUUCCUCCACGAUGAAACACGGUUCAUCAAGAGUCAAACCGACUGGUACAGUCAUGAGAGGGAAUGGUCAGAUGGAGACAUCUAUAUCAAGCUGAGAGACUCUCAGGUACGCCGCGAUGAGAGCACAGAAAGACAGUUCACCGUACGACUGGGACCCAUGAAACGUAAGUCCAUGGCGGUCAUAGAGGCACGCCCGGAGAUCCAAAAUAUGCUGGACAGAUUCACAGGCUUCCCUGGACUACUACAAGGACUCAAACUGGGCAUGUGGUAUAAGUAUUGCCAGUGGCUUCAUCUAGAUCCCGAAGUCACAGCAUACAUGCAACGAAUC